AUCGUAGAGAUUUCAGAAGUCAUUAGAAACAUUAGUUUUGUUAAAGAGAGAACACAAUGUCCGGCUCUCCUGUUGCAAUUGUUACUGGGGGUGCCCAAGGCAUUGGGGCCGCUAUUUGUGCAGAGUUAUUAAAAAAUGGAUAUCGAGUGUGUAUAGCUGACAUUCAAGAAUCGAAAGCAGAAGAAUUUGCCGAAGCACAGCAACAAAUAUAUGGAAAAGAAAAUGUCAUCGCUAUAGGUUGUGACGUAUCAAAAGAAUCUGACUAUACGAAUGUCUUUGAAAAGAUGCUUGAAAAGUUUAAAAGAAUAGAUGUUUUGGUGAACAAUGCUGGGAUUGUCGAUGAAGAAAGUCCUCGUAAAUGCUUGGAAGUAAAUUUGUUGGGACCUCUAAUCGGAUGCCACACAGCACUUAAAUAUAUGGGUAAAAGCAAUGGAGGAAAUGGAGGUGUGGUUAUCAACACAGCUUCUCUUGCAGGUUUCGUUCCAGCUACCACUGUCCCCGCUUAUACCGCCUCAAAGCAUGGAAUAAUAGGUUUGACCCGCAGCUUUGGGCUCCCUCUUCACUUUGAUAAAGAUGGAAUUGUGUUUGCUGCUCUGUGUCCCUCUCUAGUUAAUACAACCAUAAUAAAGCCGAUGAUAAAGAAUAUUAAUUCCACAAAAGAAAGUGAUAUGCCUUUUAAAUUUGUGAGCAUUGAAUUGGUGGCAAAAGGUGUUCUGAAAAUACUGGAAGACAAAAUCAAUGGAUCAACUUUAAUUGUAAUUCCUAGUGGAUAUCAUUAUCUAAUCCUUGAUGAAAGACUGAAGAAGCUGAUUUUGGAUGAUAAACCACAGAACAGAAUCUAUGAAAAUGAAGAUGUUAAAAAAUUUGCUCUUGAAAUAAAGUUUUCGGAAAAUAUUGUUCUAGUAAUUGAUAUUUGUUUCAUCUAUGAAAAUAUGUCUACCUCUCCUGUUGCAAUUGUUACUGGAGGUGCACAAGGUAUAGGAGCUGCUAUUUGUAUAGAGCUUUUGAAAAAAGGAUAUCGAGUAUGCGUAGCUGAUAUAGAAGAUUUAAAGGCUGAAGAAUUUGUGAAAGAGCAACAAAGAAUUUUUGGCGAAGAAAAUGCAGCAACUAUACGAUGUGACGUAACAGAAGAAUCUGAAUACGCAAAUCUUUUUGAACAAAUUCUCAAAAAAUUUGGAAGAGUUGAUGUUCUAGUGAAUAACGCAGGAAUUGUCGAAGAAACAAAUCCUCGUAAAUGCUUGGAAGUAAAUUUAUUAGGACCUCUUUUCGGAUGUCAUGCAGCUCUGAAAUACAUGGGAAAAAAUAAAGGUGGAAAAGGUGGUAUGGUUAUCAACACAUCUUCUGUAGUAGCUUUCUCGCCAAGUCCUAAAAUGCCUGCGUACACCGCUUCCAAACAUGGCAUAAUAGCUCUGACGCGCUGCUUUGGGCAUCCAUUCCACUAUGAUAAAGAUGGAAUCAUAUUUGCUGCCUUAUGCCCUUAUUUGGUUGAUACAAAUAUUCUGAAUUCUGUAACUAAAACUCUUGAUCCCACCAUGGACUAUUCCAAGGUCCCUGAUAAAAUGAGUCCUGAAUAUGUGGCAAAAGCAGUUUUGAAACUUUUGGAAGACAAAAUCAACGGGUCAGCACUAGUUGUUCUUCCUGGUGGAUAUCAUUAUCUGGAAUAUCAAGAUGAAAUUAAGAAUCUAAUGUGUAAAAAUAAGUGAGUGAGUUGAUGGGAAAAAAAUGAAAGAUCUGUAUAACAAGAAUAAAAGGAUAAAAAUUCUUUUUUUGAAAAUAAUAAAAAUUUGAAUAAUCUCA